UUCAACUUUUAACAACCUGUACUUCAUUGAACUGGGUCUUUUUUCACAUUUUUAAAUUGUCUUCUUUUUCUCGAUAUAUUUUUGAGCAGCUGCAGGCAAAAAGUGGCUCCUCAAAAUGGUCUGGAUUCUUCGACAUACCUUCCCACUUCUACUCACUGUGCACGCCAUAUAUUCAACUCUGAUUUCUGUGGGUGCCGAGGAGGAGACCAGAGAAUGCAGGGAACAGGAGUACAGGGACCGGUUCGGGAACUGUAAACCCUGCAAGCAGUGUGAUGCCGGAAAGGAGCUAUCAAAGGAAUGUGGCUUUGGUUAUGGAGAGGAUGCCCGGUGCGUGCCCUGCCGGAGCGGUCGCUUCAAGGAGGAUCGGAGUCUGCAGAAAUGCAAACCCUGUCUGGACUGUGGACUCAUCAACCGCUUCCAGAAGGACAACUGUUCCACCACCAGCAACGCUGUGUGCGGCGACUGUCUGUCGGGAUAUUACAGGAAGACAAAAUUAAGUGGUUUUCAAGAUAUGGAGUGCAUACCCUGUGGGGACCCUCCACCUCCAUAUGAGCCUCACUGCAGCGGGCGCGUGAACUUGGUGCCGCUGCCCUCGGUGGUGACCAGCCUGCGGGACAUGGCCCUGGCCGCGGUCAUCUGCAGCGCGCUGGCCACCGUGCUGCUGGCCCUGCUGGUCCUGUGUGUCAUCUACUGCAAGAGACAGCUGCUGGAGAAGAAGCCCAGCGCUGCCUCUCUGAGGAUCCAGGACUGUCCCUAUGGGGGAGCAGAGCUGUCCUGCCUGGACCCCCGAUGGCUCCAAGACCUUCCCCAGAGGAGGGCCUGCUGCCAGUGUCGCCUCGGCCCCGGACACACCUGCGGACCGGUCCACCUGAUCCCAUCGCUGUGCUGUGACGAGAGCUGCAGUCUGGGCCGCAGCCUGGACGCCAGUCCCUUCCAGUCCCAGACGAGCCUCAGUGACCGAAACACACGUCGCGAUGAGGAGGAGAGCUCGGAGCCCGCCGGGAGACCGGAGGCGGAGGAAGAAGAAGACGACGAAGGGGAGGGUCGCAAGUCAAGGUCGCCUUCGCCCGAGAUGACCAGAAAGAGCUCCGGCGAAGCUGUGACAGACGCAUCGAGCCAGAAAGGAUGACACGGAUUUCUUCGGCUCAUGUUCCGCCCUGGAGUCGACAAACAGCCGCGGCCAGAUCCCAGAUGAGAUUACUCUCCUACCCCCCCCCCCCUCCCCGCUCCCUCAGAUGAGCAGCAGCUUCUCUCAAGUGUGCGGUCGCACCGCCCUCUUUGAGAACGCCGCGGGGCGUCAGCGUCUCGCGUCGAGGGGUCCGAAUAGAAUUAUUAUUAUGUGCAUGAAUGCAAACAAAAAGCGCUGCUGAGGGAAAUCAAAGCACGAGGGCAAAGGGGACGGAGAUACACAAACAUGCACACGCACACACACACACACACAAAGAAUGUGAACUCGCUGGCCCAGAGGGUGAAAUCCAAUGAAGUUCACCCUUUUUUUCACCGUCAAUCAAAGUGAAUCAAAGUGAGCCUCUGCCUCCAGAAAGUCCUUCAUAUUCAUAUUCAUAUGCACAUGGAGGAGAACAUGAACCGCACCACUGAACGACCGGGUGGUGUUAUGAAGAUUUUGUGUGUAAAGGUGACACGUUGGAGGUGUGAAGAAAAGUUAUUAUGUUGCACAUUGAAGACAAUCUUGAUCAUACGGAGCAAGUUAAAACCAGGAACGUCAGUGAUAGAUUUGUUGUAGAUACUGUAAAAUAUUAAAUAGGUACAUAUUUUUGUAACAUAGACAUGACUGACAGUAUGUUUGCUUUACUUUCCACAGUUAAGUGUUGUUGGUUGUGAUUGGUCACUUCCAAAUAUUGUUUUUGUAAUUAAACCACUUGAACAAGUUUACAUAUCCA